UUUAACAUCUAAAAAUGAUGAUGAAGCUUUUAACAAUCUUCUCAAGAGUAUCCGAGAAGAACUUCUAGACAAUACUGCCUUUGAAAAGUAUUAUUAAUUUAAAAAAGGAAUAAGUAUAUGAUGAUUUUAAUUAAAAAAAUUUAUUUUAUUUUUAGAGAUGAAACAGAUCCAGCAGAUGAACUUUCAGUGGAACCCAGAGAGUGCAACACAACUCCGAUAUAUGAUUUUGAUUCUGAAAACUCAAAAAAUUAUAAUUUUCUAAAUGUGUCCGAAUCAAAGAAAAUUGAAAAGGAUAUAAAGCAAAUGAAACUAGCUCUAAAACAAAGCCAAGAAUUUUUUUCAUCAGCACGCGAUUCAUUAGAAUUAAUAAAUUUGGAAAAUAUAAAGCAUCGUAUUAAAGAUCUACAUUUAUAUCCGAAUACUCGUGAGUUGAACGAUGUUUUACGUGAUUUAGAGCGAAAUAAGAAACAUGAUGUUGAAAUAUUGACAAAAGUAAUUGGUGAAAAAUUUAAAGAUCAUCCAGGUGAAUUUGCAGAUAUCCCCGAAGUGAGUUCAUUCUUUAAGUUGUGCACUCAACUUCAACGAGGCUUAGAUGACUUAGAUAAAAAGAAAGAAAACUUGGAUAGUCUCGAAAAACGAAUACUUUGGGCUACAAAUGUGUCUGAGAAUCGUUCCAAAGACAUCCAAAAUCUGUUACCUAAAUUAAAAAAAAAUUAAAAGCGUUUCAGCUUAAAUCUGCGAGCAUAACUUUUAUUACUUCCGCAAUUAUUUUCAUUUAUCCAUCUAGCACAAUUUCACAACUUAUAC